AUGCACGGAUCGUCAGAUGUCGCGGCUGCCCCACUACCCCAGUUCACCUCACCCGAGGCUGAUCUUGUUCUGGUAACCUCAGAUGGACAAGAAUUUCGCGUUUUCAGUCGCUUUCUCAUCGAAACAUCGGGCGUUUUCCGCGAUUUGCUCGAUUUACCGACAAGUCCCAAUAGCAGCGAGCGUGUUAUGACAGUCUCAGAGACGGCAUGCACGCUUAACCUUCUCCUUCAAUAUAUCUAUCCUAUGGCGCAUCCUACACUCACUCGCUCAGCGAUAUUCAAACCGUUUUGCUGGCGGCCGAUAAAUAUGACCCCCACUAUACUUGGCGCAUCGCCCAUCAAGGCUUAUGCGGUAGCCUGUCGGCUAGGUUUACAAGAAGAAGCACUCAAGGCUGCCAAAGAAACAUUCUCUCUCGAUUUUGCGGAGAAAGAUCUGGACGGCGACAGGGACAUUAGGCUUGGUACUCAUGAUGCCUUUACACUGUUCAGAUUUCAACGGAGCCGGGUAGAUGCGGUAAUUAACGUGUUGCUAGCAACACCCAAACCGAUCAAUUGCGAAGGUUGUUCGACCCGCCAUUUCUAUGGUCGCCCUGCCUGGCAAGCAUCAUAUAUCGAGCGAUGUGCGAUGGUACUGCAGCGUACCAGUCUGAUCCAAGCUGAUCGUAUGGGGCUCUUUGAUCUUGAAGUCGUUCUCAAUGUUGCCAAAUUCACGACAUGUGGAUGCGAAAAAUGCAUUGCUAGCGUUACAGGCGACUCGCAACUUGUGGACCGAUGGUUGAAGACCCUGUUAAUCAAGAUGAAAGAGGCUGAAGAUCGGAUAUCCCUCGCUAUUACUCCCGCUCCGUUAGAAAUAGACACAGCCCCUACGUCGACCCGCCAAUCGCCAGAGUUCGCCCUUCGGGUCCUGGCGGCAAUUAGCAUAGGUAAACUAGCGCAGUGGAAACUUGGCCUGAGCAAUUUUCAUGGCGCAUUCAACUAA